AACUUUAUAUAUAAGAUUAUUAUUUUUUUUUAAAAAAAAGUAAAAUUUGAAGAACAAUAAAUUUUUAAUUUAAAGUUGUUAAAAAAGUUUAUUAAUUAUUUUCUAUAAAAAUAUAGCAAGAAAUUUCAUAAAAACAGCGUUUUUAAUAUUCUUAAAAGACAUGAAAAAGCGCACGACUUUAUUUUACUUAAAUAUUUUUUUUUAAUUAAAAAAAACUAAUUUAUGCAAACAUGAAAAUAAUUAAAUAUUGCUUUUAAGCGCCAAUAAUAAAAAUUACAAUGAUUAAAAACCUAAUUUGAAUAACACAAUGCAUUAUUAACACGAAAGAUCAUAUAAUUGACGCAUUUCAGAUAUCCUACAAAAUAAAGUCCCAAAUAACUCAAAGAAUAAGUACGACAGUG